GGGUGGCGCCCUUCGCCCUAUUGCCCAUGGCCAAAUAUUUGGCUCUUGGUCUUUGUCUUCUCUGCAGAGGCGAUCCUUGCGGAUCCGAUGACUGCGACAGCCUUGGCUUGUUUCAGCAACGGAUUCAUGGAAGCCACAAGUUGCAGAGGGAGGGCGGACUCGCUCCUCCAAGCGGUCCAAACGCGGAAGUGCAGGCGACCUACGCUGCUCUGACCUUUGCAUUGAAUGAGAGCACAGACUUUGUGAAGGACAAGCUCACCCAGUCUCCGUUGAUUCCCAAACAGGCCGUCAGUCUGGGUCUUGGGAUUAAUAUGGAGAUUGAUCACGUUAUGGCCCUCAACAGGCCAGAUCUGGUAUUUUUCGACCCAGUUUGGACUGAAGCAGGUCUGCAAGUCGACGUGGACAUUCACAACUUACAUGCUUCGGGUCUUUUGGACGUGACUGCCCCCCAGUCAAAGGGCCAUCUCAACCUCACCGGAGGAGGUCAUUUUCGUGUGAGUCUCAGCACUGCGGUUUCAGAUGGCCGUUUGGCUGUGAAAGUCGUUCAGCUGGUGGCUCAAAGCCUCAACGUGGUGCCCGCGAUUCACCUCAGCUGCACCUCCGUGGACUUCCUGAGCGCAGUGCCCUGCGCCGUGAUCGGCGCGCUGCAGGGCGAUGUGCCAGGAGAUUCAUCGUGGACAUCAUCGUCUUCUUCGCCCAGUCAAGCAUCGAAGAGGCCCUGAAGAAUGUGGUGGAGAGCAAGCUGGCGGAGAACCUGGCCACGAUCCCGCGGAAGUUUCCGCUGCAGUUCGGGAACAGGAGCCAUCCUGUUUGCACCUUGCCUUUGACCUUCUGGGACUCACACAUUUACCGCACAUGAAAUCCGCUGCCCUGCAGGUGCAGGCGGUGGACGCGUGCCGUGGCCAGUCCGUGGCCUCUGCGCCCAACAGCUCCGUGGAGCUGGCGCCGCCGGCGCAGGUGUACAACACCUCCAUGUUCUCCAUAACGCUCAGCGGCAGCGUGGCCAACGAUGUCUUGCAGAUCAUGCAUGACACUCAGCUGCUGCAGGUCACUGUGUUCCCCAAGGAUAUUCCGGCGGACAGCACGUUUGGUCUGGAUACCAACACUCUGGGCUGGGCCUUCUAUUGCCCCUGGCUGGCGACCAAGUACAUCUGGGAAUGCCCCUACUGGGAUCCUUGCCCUGUGGCAGCCACGAUUCGAUCUUCCAGCCCUCCACAGGUGCAGAUGCGGGAAGGUGGGGUGGAGAUGACGAUUCCCUUGUCAGUGGAUUUCCUCUUGCUGGACUUUGCGGAGAACGAAACGUCCACGUCAUUGCGAAACAGCACCUUCCUGUGGAGAGUCAACACCACUGCGCAUGCAGUGAUGCUGCCAAAGGUUGCAAGUAACAGAGGUGCGCCAUGUAAGCAGACCUUCAAGGCGACCGUUGACUCUUUGAAUGCAACCUGGUUUGAUGUCACAGAGACGAUGGAGGACUCCUGGGUGGCUACUGCUCUUUCCAUUAACGUUUUCAUGCCGGUACUGCUGAGUUAUCCGCUGGAGAUCAUGAAUGAGCACCUGGAUGAGGGCGUGCCUAUCGAUGCAAUUGGACUGGGCAGCUCCUUGUACGCCUUUGCAAAUUCCUCUUUGUCGCCAUCUGCUGAUAGCAUCCUCUUCAACACCGAUGUGCUUCUAGCCGAAGAUUGCUGAUGCCACAGAAUUCAGUAGAACACGACUUAGGAUCAGAACAAGUGAUCCGAAGUGAUUCAAUCCAG